GGUGGGUAAACAUUUUCUACUUUUCCAUUAAAUGUGAAGUUAAUUGUUUUCUUUUUUCAAAUUGUGUUUUUUUCAGUUAAUUGCUAUUUAAUUGUUCUAAUUAGUCAAUUGGUAUUCCAAUAGCUCAUGAAGGUUAAUUGUGAAUUGAUCCAACAAGGAGCUGAGGCUCGGAUUUAUUUUCUGGAUUAUAUUGGUUUCCCUGCUGUUUGGAAAGAAAGGUUUGUCAAAACUUAUCGUCAUCCACAAUUAGAUGAAAGAUUGACCAAAUCACGAAUGAAGGCUGAGGUUAAGGCGAUCAAUCACCUUAAAAAUAAAUCAGCUUUUCUUUCAAAAUCAAUGCCAACCAUUCUCGGUGUAUCAGACAGUAGCAUUAUCAUGACCCGGAUUGAAAAUGCUGCAACAUUUCACGAAGCCAUUUCAUCAGAAUUUUUCAGUUUGCAAGACUUAUUUCAACGAGUUGGAAUGGUAAUCGCUGAAGUACAUAAAUGUGGUUUGGUUCAUGGCGAUUUAACUACGACUAAUUUCAUGGUCAAGAAUGACGUUAGUGCAAUUGUUCCGAUUGAUUUUGGCUUAUCGUCAUUCAGCACAACUCCUGAAGAUCGAGCAGUCGAUUUGUAUGUUCUAGAAAGGUCACUUUUAACUAGUGGACGUGAUGAUUCGGAUCUUUUCUCGAAUUUUCUUCUCGACAAAUACAAAAAAGAAAUGGAAUCGAUUGGUAUUUCAGUAGCUAACGCGAUCGUUUCUAAAUUGGAUGAGGUUCGAGCGCGAGGAAGAAAACGGGAUAUGGUUGGUUAAAAUUGUUCGAUUUGUUUCUAACUAUUAUUUUUCUAAUCUUCUAAAGGAGUUUAUAAAAUUCGAAUCCGUUAUACAUUUUUAGUAUUCGAGAUGCAAAUUUCUCCUGUACAGUUUCCCUCUAAUUAAAAGUUAAUACUUCCCAACAA